AUGAAGAUACUAUGUGUGGCAGAAAAGCCGUCAAUAGCAAAAGAAGUGUCCCAAAUACUUUCGGGUGGUCUGGUAAGAGUACGCAACUCUGCCAACAGAUACGUUAAAAACUACGAUUUUACGUUUGAAUUUCCUACAACAGGCCGUUGUGACGUGACUAUGACCUCAGUUCUCGGCCAUAUCACAAACAUAGACUUUCCCCCUGCUUAUUCGUGGAAUAAAUGUGUCCCUGGAAAGCUCUUUAGCGCUCCAAUUAUUGAAGUUGUUUCGAAGAAAGAUGUCUACAAAAACAUUGCCAAUGAGGCCCGCAAUGCUUCAAAUCUCAUGAUCUGGACAGACUGUGAUCGGGAGGGCGAGUUCAUAGGCCAUGAAAUAUUCCAGGCUGCUCAGCUGGGCAACCCCAGACUCCGGGUCGACGAGAUCUGGCGGUCGCAAUUCUCCCACUUGGAAAGGUCCCAUGUUCUUCACGCUGCACGGAACCCAGUCAAAUUGGACCUCAAUGCCGUGGCUGCUGUAGGGUGUCGUAUGGAAAUCGACCUACGAGUAGGCGCUGGCUUUACUCGUUUCCUUUCUGACCUUCUCAAAAGAAGCGGAGCAAUUCCCCUUGAAAAAGGUCAGGUUGUCUCGUAUGGAACCUGUCAGUUUCCCACGUUGGGGUUCGUGGUUGAUAGAUACACCAGGGUCAAGAAUUUCAUCCUGGAGCCAUUUUGGCACAUUUCCAUACGAGUGAAGAAAGACGAUAAAAUCGCCCCAUUUACUUGGACAACCGGCCAUGUAUUUGACCAUUUAUACGUUUUCCUCGCCUACCAAGCAUGCCUCCAGCACAAAGAAGCUACGGUGACCAGCAUAACUACAAAACCCACCAGCAAUUGGCGACCGUUACCGCUCACCACCGUUGAGCUUCAGAAAGACUGCUCGUCGUUCUUCAAGAUGAGUGCCAAAAGAGCACUUGAUGCUGCCGAAAAAUUGUACAAUAAAGGGUUUUUGUCGUACCCAAGAACUGAAACCGACAAAUUUCCUGCUACUAUGGACCUACGUUCGGUUAUCCAGACUCAAUCCCAGGACUCUCAAUGGGGAAACUAUGCUUCCGAGCUACUUCAAGGCAAAUUCAGACAGCCAAGAGCAGGAAACCACGACGAUAAAGCACAUCCUCCUAUUCACCCAGUGAAAUAUGUUGCGCUAUCUGCAUUGGAUUCGGCUGAUGAGAAGAAAAUCUACGAAUACGUCGUACGACGGUUUCUUGCUUGUUGCUCAGAUGACGCUCGUGGAAACCAGACAAAGGCCAUUGUUCAAUGGGGAGCAGAGAAGUUUUCUGCGAGUGGUCUUGCAGUGAUUGAACGCAACUAUUUGGACAUUUAUGUCUAUAAAAAGUGGCUGUCGACGGUAGAGCUUCCCAACUUUCAACAAGGUGACAGAGUCAAGCUUACUUCUUCUCAGUUACAAGAGGGAAAGACGUCUCCUCCAAAGUACAUGACAGAGUCAGAAUUAAUCGCUCUAAUGGACGCCAAUGGAAUUGGAACCGAUGCAACUAUUGCAGAUCAUAUCGACAAGAUCAUCAACCGUGGUUACGUUGUCAAGGUAAAACAAGGUAGCACCGAGUACAUUCUUCCUUCGGAGUUUGGAAUGGGUUUAAUUCAAGGUUUCGAUGCCAUUGAACUCGACAACAUAUCGCUUUCUAAGCCGUUUUUAAGAAAGCAAUUGGAAACCAGUCUUCAGCAGGUGGUCAAUGGAACAGCUUCCAAGCAAAGUGUUCUCGAUGCGAUUGUCCAUUUGUACAAACAGGCAUACUCACAGUCCACACAGAACAGCCAGGUGAUCGUACAGGCUUGCAGACGUGUAAUGAACCAGUAA